AUGUCUCGGCUCAACAGUCUCAUUAUUCUUGUGAUCUCUAUCCUCUCAUUUCUUGCCCCUGUCAUGGGAAACAGCUUUCAAUUUGUGUCACGCGACGGCAAUGACCACACCAUCUUCUUCACCCCAAAUGCCGGCUCUGCUGAAGUUCCCAGCUUCUUUGUUCCGGCCAGUUCUAUGGAUGAAAAUGCAGUUGCUCACUUUCCUCAAGGCGGCUCCUUCAAAGCUGUUCUUUCAGGAGAAAGCCCAGACGUUCCCAAAGUCACUGGUGAAAUUACAUUCCAGGGCUGGCAAGGAGAAACUUACUAUACUGUUUCCGCUGUUCAGAAUUGUUGCGAUAACUCGGGCAUUCGAUCUCUGUCGUCCCGAUUUUCCAGCCCCACAUCUGGUUGCAUUGAAGCACUGUUUCCCUGUACUGAGUCGUACUCCAAGCCUGGUGAUGUUCAGGUCAAGAGCUCCCCGGAUACAGAUUAUAUUUGUCUCAGGCGAAUUCUAGUUGGUAUCAGUUUGAAUCGAGGCAAGCCUAGUAACGAAGAAUUCGCGGGACACGGUAAAACACACGAAGAGGACAAAUUUGCGGUAGCAUGGACAUCAUUAAUCUGGCGGGAAGAGGAAUUCAUCGGUAAUCAAAAGUGGCACAAGUGGCAUCAUAGGGCUGGCUCCAGUAGUGUAACUCUUAUUUCAAUAUUUCAACAGCAUUGCAUAUUCAUAAACCAAAUGUUUCCAUAA